UGGUUUACAAUGUACACCAUGAGAGCUGUGUGCUGUAUUGUUGUUGCAUUGGUUAUGAGUUGCUAUGGUCAUAAGGCAGAUUCAGGGUCGUGUACACCAAAACUUGAAAACGCCCUUUUCGAAGACCUUCUUAGUAUGAUGUUAAAGAUCAAAGGAAUACAGAAAGGUACACAUCAACGUGACGACACAUUUUCAGCCUUUGCAGCUUCUCUUACUGCGUCAAAAACCCUAGGAACUGGUGAAAUUGUAAAGUUUGACAAAGUUUGGACGAACGUCAAUAACGACUAUAAUCCAAGUACAGGGGUAUACACAGCUCCAAAACCAGGGGUUUAUCAGUUCAUAUGCACAGUAAUGACGUCAUAUAAUAAAACUCUUCGUCUCCUCCUAUGGAAAAAUAACAUGAAGACAGUAGCUGUUUAUCCUGGUGCUGCCAAUUUUGGUUAUAAUACAGGAACAAUAAAUAUGAUAUUAGAACUUAAGAAAGGCGACAAGGUCUACACCAAACAGGCAAACACAGAGAAAUACAUCUACAGUGAAUCUGUUUACAACUACAGCAUGUUUUCUGGGUAUCUUAUUCGAUGAGUUUAUAUCGAAGU